AUGUCCGACUCCGAGGUCGACUACCUGCAGCCCGAGUUCGAGCCUUCCUCGGUCACCAUUCCGCGCCUGCGCUCCAUCCUCGUCAGCCAGAAUGUCCCUUACCCCGCCACUGCAAAGAAGGCACAGCUCGUCGAGAUCUUCAAUGACACCGUUGCCCCACGAGCACGGAAGCUGCUGGCCCAGCGCCAGAAGGCCAAGAGGUCCAGCAUGGGCAUCACCAACAUAGACGGCUCCCAGGGCUACUCAGUCGCGAACCAGGACUUGGCACCGGUCCCAAGCUCAAGGCGGAGGGCUGUUUCUCCUCGCAAGUCCAACAGGAGCUUCAAGCAGGCUUCCGAAGAGCCCGACCAUCUGCCUGCACAGCUCUCUCUGAGUCCCAGGAAACGUCAGGCGCGAUCCGCCAGCCGACAGCUCGCCCAGUCAGACACCGACACCGACAGCCACUAUGAGAGCAGGCGCUCCCCGCGCAAGACAUCGCGUCAGCCAGAUCUGACUCCACAGCCAGAGGUCAAGAAAGAGUAUUCAGACGACGACACGCCAUAUCAGAAGCACUCCGCCGAGCCUGGCGCCGUCUUUACCAGUGACAACCCUUUCCAGAGCGGCAGCUCUCCCAUCCCCAUGGCAACCCCGUCAAACCGGAGGAGGACUGCCGGACAGGAUUCCACUGCAAAGAAAUCCACUGCAUCCUCCACCAGGAGACGCACAGAUGGUCCCAGCGCCGAUACAUAUGAGUCUGCAGGAUAUUCAAAAUCGGUGGCCGUUCCCGUGCCUGCCUUCACCCGCCCAAUGACACCUGUCACGCCUGAACCAGUGUUCGAGGAGGUUGAGGCUGGCGAGGAAUUCACACCUGACGAGCAACUUGCCCUUGCACAAGAAGAUGCCCUGAGAGCACAGACGGCCGUCGCGCCUGUUCGCCAGCCCAGACGCUCCACCAAUUUGGCAACACCCUUCUGGCUGCUCAUUACCGUCCUGCUCGGGUCUUACGGCGCCUGGUAUCGACAAGAGAAGAUUGCAGUUGGAUAUUGUGGGGCUGGAAGGCCUGCGCAAGAAAUCAUUCCCCGGCAGGUCGAGUAUAAAGACUUCAAGCUCGACGUGCCGGAAUGGGUCUUUCCGCUUGCCGAGCCUGAAUGCGAGCCGUGCCCACCUCACGCCUAUUGUUACGCCGACCACUCCGUGCGAUGUGAUGAGGGCUUCAUCCUGAAGCCCCAUCCCUUGUCUGCCAACGGGCUUAUCCCACUUCCGCCUACCUGUGAGGCUGACAGUGAGAAGCUCCGCCGCGUCAAGGCUGUCGCGGACAGGGCCGUGGAGGAGCUCCGGGACCGUAAGGCCAAGUUUGAAUGCGGUGAGCUCGUCAAUGAGAACGGCCAGGUGCCCGAGAACCCUAUGGUCGCAGUGGAGGAUCUGAAGGAGACCGUCAGCGAGAAGAGGAGUAAGAAGCUCAGCAAGAAGGAAUUCGAUGAUCUAUGGACCGCGGCGCUUGGGGAAAUCGAGCAAAGAGACGAGGUCGUUGUCGAGAAGAAGGAAGAGCCAGUAGACCCAACUUCUUCCAGUUCCGGAACCGUUUCAGACACCUACCUGGCGUCCACCUCUCUCGCUCGCCUUCCGCUCGGGUGCGCGGCCCGCCGCUCCGUCCGCCUCGGACUGGAACGACAUCGACUCAGCAUUGUUUCAGUGAUUUUCUCUGCUUUGUCGGUGCUGUACGGUCGUUCCAAAUACAGGACUCACCGCGCCAUCUCGGCGCAGAUUCCCGGCUUGGUCGAUCUGGUUCUCGAGAGAUUAUCGGCGCAAAAGGAGUUGGCGUACGAUGACGACGGCGAGGUUGACACAUUUCUCUUCUUGCCAAACCUACGGGACGAUGUUUUGCGAGCUGUACAUUCAAUCUCUCAGCGCGAGCGGAUUUGGAAGCGCGUUAAGGCCGUGAUUGAGCAGAAUUCUAAUGUGCGGACCGGUCAACGGGAGGGUGUGAACGGGGAAAUCGGCCGCGCGUGGGAAUGGAUCGGCCCCAGUGGGGCGGGCGAGACCGGCGCCCGGAGAAGAAGGACCAUCGCGCGGAGCUCUAUGAGCCCAGACGAUAUACAGCUUGGAGACGAGACUCCUUUUGUCGAUAGAGCGGGUGUCCAUAAGAAGUGGGAAGAGCCGGGCUCGAGACCGAUAUACUGA